AUGCCGUUCACCAAGCUGGUCAAGAACUCGGCGUAUUACAGUCGGUAUCAAACAAAGUACAAGCGCCGUCGUCUUGGGAAGACCGAUUACUACGCUCGUAAACGCCUCAUUACUCAAGCGAAGAACAAAUACAAUGCUCCAAAAUACAGACUAGUGGUUCGCUUCACCAACCGUGAUAUAGUCAUGCAAAUCGUUACAUCUGAGAUAACUGGCGAUAGAGUCUUCAGCUCAGCGUACUCCCAUGAGUUGAAGGCGUAUGGAAUAAAGCACGGCCUUACCAACUGGGCCGCUGCUUACUGCACUGGACUACUGAUCGCUAGACGAACUCUAAAAAAGCUUAGCCUUGACACCGAGUUUGUUGGAGUCGAAGAAGCAGAUGGAGAGUACAAACUCACUGAAGCUUCAGAAGAAAAUAAUCGACGACCUUUCAAAGCCAAUUUAGAUGUUGGCCUAUCCCGAACCUCCACUGGUGCCCGAGUAUUCGGUGCAAUGAAGGGUGCAUCAGACGGAGGGAUUUACAUACCUCACUCGGAAAACAGAUUCCCAGGUUAUGAUGUGGAGACAAAAGAGCUCGACGCCGAGACCCUACGAAAAUAUAUAUUCGGCGGCCACGUUGCUGAAUACAUGGAGACCUUAGCUGAUGACGAUGAAGAGCGAUACAAAUCUCAGUUCCAAGGUUACAUUGACAGUGAAAUUGAAGCUGACGGGCUAGAAGAAUUAUAUGAGGAAGCACAUCGGCAAAUUCGGGAAGAUCCCUACAAGAAAGUAGAGGGAGAAUCAGCCGCUAAGACGAAAGAGGAAUACAAGAAAGAAUCCCUGAAAUUUAAAGGACGCAAACUCACUAAGGAGGAGAAGGCUGAGCGCGUAAAGGCUAAAAUUGCGGAACUUAGGGAUUAA